AUGGCAACAUGUAAAGCUAAUUCCUGCUACACCAGCACAAAUUAUUCAUAUAAGGACUAUUGUUCUUAUCAUCAAAAAUGUUUAAGUAAGUUGCGAAACAGAUACGGUUACGGUUAUAAUUUUAGCAACAUUCAAGAAAUAGAAACCUUCGAAACUUAUUUUAAUGGUAAUUGUGGUUAUGUGAUUAAUUAUGACUCUUCAUCCUCUUAUCCUUAUUAUAUUUGGAUAGUGGUUUAUGAGCCAGCAGUAAAAAGUAUAGGUGAAAGAUUAUCAGCGAUUAAAUAUAAAUGUGGCUAUAGUAGUUUAAGCGGAGCCAGUGAUAAGGCAAGGAGGAUUAAAAGUAAAUUACAAAAUAAUGGUUUUGAGGAUACUCCUAUGAUAAAAGUUCAUCCAGAGGCUAAAAAUUACGAGUAUUUUAAUAGUUUAAUUUCUAGUCCUUAUGUUAUUCAAGAAGACCUCUAUCAUAAAAUAACAGAACCUGAUAGAUAUUUUAAAACAUUAGAUAUUGCUAAGGUAGAUGAAGGAGAUUACAAGCACGUAGGGAUUUAUAUAGGCAACGAUUUAGUUUGUCAUUUUACUAAAAAGUAUAAGGCCAAUCGUAAUUGUGAACAUUUUGCGAACAUGAUAGUUUAUGGGAUAAAUUACUCAGAACAAGUAAAAGAAAAAAAAGGUCUGAUUCAGGUCUCUCGUGGACUCUUAGAUGCAUUUUCUCCAAUUAAUAAUGGUAAAGGCUCUACCAUAAAGUUAACUAAUGAACUAAAAGAAACAGAGGAUAAAUUAGGAUGA